CAAUCCCCGCGCCACUGAGGCGCCUGUCAAUUGACCGCCGGGUGCGAUCAGAGGUCCUGCCAAAGCCUCGCCGUCACUCGUCGAUGGCGAAUGGGAGACGGCCCUCGGUGCUCACGGGCGGGUUCGAGUCGAGCUCUGACGACGACAAGAGCAACAAUGGCCAUGCUGCUGUUGGUGGUGUUGGAAGCGCGCCAAGUAGUCGCUCGACAGGCCGCCCAGUGAUCGGUUUACCAAUGCUGCAAGAGGUCCAAGCGCACCACCACGCGGGUGCGACUGGUUCGGGACGCCGCCGUGCCCAGAGCUUGAUGUCACCACCAGUCGCGCACGACGCUGCUGCUACUGGUGGUGGUGCUGGUGGUGGCGGCGGAGGGGGCGCCGCGUUCGCACCUCCUUCGCCCGUUGGUUCGCGGCGCUCAUCGCGCAUGCAACGCCCGUAUACUGGAUCACCACUCUCACCUCGUGGUCCAAGUGCUGCUGCUGGAGUUGGUGGUGCAUCAACAGCAACUGGAUCGCCCCGCUUCGGUCCAACCUCUGCAGGCCUGGGACAAGAGCCAAGUUGGCGCGUAACGGCGCCUAGCGGCGGCGAAGCGACUUCCUCGGGCUGGGAAGACGACAUGGUGCGACAGCGUCCUCGCAAGCUACGCUCUGUCGACGAAAACAAGCCGCAGGAUCAUCAGCAGCAUCAAGAGCAACAUCAUAAACCGAGCCCAUUGACGCUAAGUCUGGGCUUGGGCAGCUUGCGCAACGAGGCCGUCCUCAGCUCGGAUCAGAUCCAGGCGCUCCUCCAAGACGCAGACGUGUCAUCGGCUAUCCAGCUCAUGUCCAACCCUCCUCCAUCGUCGCGCGCACAUCGCCAGUCGAUCAUUGCACCGUCUCCUGAUGUGUCACAUUCAGCAACAACACAGCCUCCCACGUCGACCUCGGUCGAACUCCCGCCAGUGUCCAAGCCCUACCUUGUUUCCGCCCCGCCAGCGCUCACUAGCGGUGGCGCCGAUUGGGGAGGUCGCGAUCGAUCACCAAGUAUCAGCUCAACCGUCGCUCCCUCGCCUAUGCGCAACGUUACACCGGCCACGGGUGGUCGCCGGCGUGCACUUUCCAACGCGACACUUGGUGGCGACAGCGACGGUGGUCACAUCCCCUUCACACACCACGUACCUCCCAUCCCAGCUGGCGACACGGACAUUGAGGAAGCAAGCGAGGACGACAUUGGCCACUCUGACAACCCAACCAGUGCCCAUUUCUCGGCUAAUGAGGGCGCCGUCUUGACUCCAAAGACACCAGAUAUGAGCGCGGUGCCUCCAAAGGCAAAGGACGACUCUGGAUCUCGCCGCCGCAUCAGUGGCUUUUUCAACCGUGGCAAGAAACGAGCGCCAUCACCAAAUCAAGCUCCCCCAGAACGCCUAGAACGCCUCGCUCCCCCAGCUUCCUCCUCGCCCGCCCCGACACCAGCACGAAGGCACGCGGAAACACAAGCCGUGCGACAGAAGAUGGACCGCGACGCCGAGAUAAAGAACGCUGAGCGGGCACGCCGUCAGCAGGAGCAGCUGCAAGAGCAGCAGUACCGCGCAAGGUUGACUGUCAAUGCGCACCCUGCCGCGCAGCGCAAGGCCCUGGCUGCGUCGACUCACCUCGACGCGUACUACAGCGCGAUUAACGAAGGGCUCGAGAACCCGCCAAAGUUUGAUCCCCUCGCCGUCUUGCGCUGGAAGCACGCAACCGAGGCGCAGACGGACAAGAGAAUCAAAUGGGAGACGGAGCAUGCUGCCGACUUGGAGCGACUGCAUGCGUCUCGUGCGUUGUCGCCGCUGCCUUGGAAUGCUGGUGCCAGCAAGACAAGCCUGGGCUCAUCGCCAAUGAUCGGCUCGUCGCCACGCUACGAAGCACUGCGCCCAUCCUUUGACACAAGGCGCAGCCGCACGACAGGAUCCAAUGGCGAACCCCUCAUUGCUCCUGGCUGGCAUUACACAAUGGACGACGUCAACGAAUACAACGAGUGCAAGGGUGCAGUCGACUACUUCUAUCCGCCCGUUCUUCCGCCCAUCCCAGACACGCAAGAAGUUCACCCUUCGCCUGGACCGCCCGAGUCAAACGGCUCCGCGGUUUGCACGAGCGGUAUCCCUUCUCAAAAGUCGAUGAGCAUUCUCCGCGGUCCUCUCGAGAGCCUCAAGACAGCAGCCAAGGACGUCAGACGCAACAUUGCUGGAGCUGUGGCCGACUUUGACGACUCAGAGCCCGCACCAGGCGACGCAAACGGACAGAACCGCCUCUACAUCCACAACCACAACAGCUUCAGGGACAGAGCCAACAUGCUUCGUCGGAACAUUGGCACUGGUAACGCCCACGCCGGCGGCGAGGCGUCCACUGGCACCUCGGAUGACGAGCACGGUAACCUCCGCCGCCUGUUCGGUAGAGGCGUUGUCUCGGGCGGUGUCGCGCGCAUGGCGUCCAACCUUGGAGGGCCGCGGAAAGCCAACAACGUCGAGGCCGAAGCCAACCAGGUGUCACGAGCGGCCGAGUUACGCGAGUGGGAGAACGUCUAUGCACGCGAACAGCGUGCCAAGGAGCGUCAGGCCAAACGCGAGCGCCAGGCUACGGAAAUGGAGCUGGCUGCGGCAGCACGAAUUGCACAGGUCGAGGACGAAAUCUACUCUGAGCGUUUAGGAAUCCUUGGCAAGGCCAGGAGUCGCCUGGAGCAGGCCGAUGUCGCCAACACCAAGAUGGACUACACGGUCGCGCACUUCACUGAGCAGCUCGACCAGGUCCAGGCCGUCUUCCGCCACACUGCCGACGUUGACGUCUCGUUCCCUGGUCUCAACGCCUUGAAGAAACCCCCUACACGAAGUGCUUCCAAGGACGAGGACGAGACGGUGGACAGCCUCGGUCCUCUUGUCGCCGAGUCCGACAAGGGUUACUUCAGCGCUGUGGGCUCAGGCUCGAACCGGCCUCGACCACCAAGGAAGCCGGCUGCAGCUCCUCAAGUCACCCUCCAGUCGUUUGGCCUCGGCGUUCUUGGGCCUCGUCGUUCGGUGCUGGAUCCGAUUACCGGCACCCAUGUCGACCCUAUCGGUCGCCUGCAGCUGACGCUGGACCGCGGCCGUGACGUCAAGAACGGCUUCGCCGCGGGCCGCGCCGACGCUGCACAGCAGUUACGCGAUAUCAACACCACUAUCGACAGUCUAAUCAAGCAGAAGGAAUCGGUUCGCAGCUGGAUCAAGCAUCUCUUGCCCCGGAUCGGAAAGCUCAAGGAGGAGCGCGCCAACAUUGCCGUCAAGAUCAAGGGCGGCGUCAACGCCAGAAUGUGGAGGUCGUCAGACAUUGCAGUCGACCUCUUUGUGCGCUGGGCCAUGGGCCUCGUGUCGUACUUUAUCCGCAUUGCCCGCGGUAUCAAUUGGGUCCGCCGCGUCGAGGUUGGCUGGUUCCUUUGGUCCUGCCUCGGCGCCAUCGCGGCCAUGCUCGUCUUCUUCUUCGUCACUGGCGACACCCCCAACGGCGCGCCCGUGUCAGCCGCGAUGUCUGCCUCGCUCUCGGAUCUGCGCGACGCCGCGCGCGAAAAGGGCCUCAAGACAUCCGACGUCUACUCCAAGGCGUGCCGCUCGCUCGUGGCCUGCCCCGUGCCGUACGACCGCCCGCGCGACCUCGCGCAGCUGCAGGGCAUCGGGCCCAAGACGGUCGCGCUACUCGAGGCCAAGCUGAAGAAACACUGCGAGGAGACGGGCAUGGCGUGCCCCGCGUCGCCUGAGCGCCCACGCCCCGCCGCAAGACGCCCCGCCGCAAGACGCCCCGCCGCAAGACGCCCCGCCGCUGCAGCUGCCGAAUCUGACGAGGAGCCCGCCCCGCCGCCAAAGAAGCGCAAGCCCGCCCAGCCGAAAGUGUACAUCCCGCAGCGCGGCUCGGGCGCCUACGGCCUCCUCCUCGGCCUGCUGCUGUCGAUUGACGACCCGUCCAACAUCCAGAACUGGAUGACCAAGGGCGAGCUCACGCGCGCGUCGCAGGCGUACUGCGACAGCCCAUACGACCACUCCGAGCGCGGGGGGUACCACACGGCAUGGAACGGCAUGAAGACGCUCGUGAACAAGGGAUACACGCUUGUCAUGGGCAGCCCGCACCGCUACUGCCUCACCGAGGACGGUUACGACGUCGCGGUUACCUUGCGCAACAUGCACCCCGAGUUCGCGAGCCUGCCCAAGCUGCUGCCCCUCGCGCGGAGGGAAGAAAUUCCGCCGUCCCCUGCGGCGUCGGAGGGGACCGCCCGCGCCGCAUUGCCUCCGCCUGCAGCGCCGAGAUCGGGCAAGUUUGGAUUUUGGUACCUUGACGCGAGGGGCAAGCGCGUGGACAGCAUCGACAGUGCGAGACUCCGCCUCGAUCCAGAAGAGUUCAUCGCCCUCCGCCAGAUCGAGUUCCGCGAGUCGCAGCGCACGCACCCGAUUACGGCACAGCUGCGCCUCAUUGCCGACUUUCCGACACUCAACGACGACGGUGUGGCGACACUGACGGCGUUUAUUGUCGAGGACGGUGCGCCCCCAUUUCGUCUUUCCCAGUCGGGGAUCGGCAAGGUAUUUUACGUGGUCGAGGAUUUCCAGCUUGCCGAGCGCAUGGAAUUCCACGGCGCGAAAAUCAUGACGGCAAAGUCGCAGAUCCAAGUGAUCAGCGGUUUCUUUCUCAAGGAGACACACAAGCUGAAUGACACGAUCGAUUUUCUCGCCACAAUGACCUCUGUCAUUGAGCGCACGCACCGCGACCUCGAGAUGAUUCCGCCCCGUUUCAUCUCACGAACUUCGUACAGCUCGCUGCAAGCGACCUUGCGAAAGACGUAUCCGGACAAGGCGUUCCUCACGUCGUUUGACUCCUACCAGGCCCUCAACGACAAAAGUGGCAGCAGGACCGUGUACGAGACCCUAGCGCGAAUGCUGCUCUGCGUCAAGGGCAUGAGCCCAGAACGAGUCGCCGCCGUGCUUGACAACUAUGAAAAGGCGCCACUCUGA